AUGUGGCUGUUGCCUUGCAACAGACCAGGUUGCCUGUUUGCAUCCCUGUCCUGCCCGUCAGCUGUAGUCACCGCCAUUCUCAAGCCCAUUUGGUGCUUUGUCGGGGCCUCGCGACCAUCUUCACUGUUUGGCACAAGUCUCGCCGCUCGGAACUUGUGCCUGAAAAUUUCCCUCACUCAAGAAAAGAAAAACAAGCCACUAGCAAAACUCGAACGUGACCCGCUCCCACACUUUCGAGCCUCUCGCUCAAGCGACCAGGCUGGACUCAUCGCACAUCAACCGUCCACGCUCGAGCCCCUGCCCCCGCCCCUGCCCCUGCCCCUGCCCCUUCCUUUGUGUUCCUCGCCAGCACGGGCGGCUUGAAACAUCCGUACACGCACACACAACGAAAGCGCGUUCGCCAUCCUUGCCACCCGAUCGUGCUUUCGCACGACACGAUCACAUUGUCUCGUCAGACGAAGCCCCCCUUGUUGACAAAAGGUCGCGCUUUGCGCGCAGAUACUAGCACCAUUUCUGUGUGCCUGGCACCCGUGAGCCACGGCGCCCUGGCGCCAACGCGUGGCCAAACCAUCGGCAUGGGCAACACACUCGAAGGCGGCCAAAUCGACGACUCUCGUGCCAGCGAACUUGGCCAAACUCUGUUGCAAGACUGGCAGCGUCAAUUCGACAACGCCUACUGCAACCCGGCUCAGCGUCGAUCGGCGUCCGUGCAAGACUUUGAACAAAUAAAGACAGUGGGUACUGGCUCAUUUGGCCGCGUCCUGCUCUGCAAAUAUGGCGCGCGAAACACUCCUGUGGCCCUCAAAAUCCUUGCCAAGGCCACAGUCAUUCAAAUGAAGCAAGUGGAGCACACUGUCAACGAGAAAAAUAUUCUUCAAGGCCUCCCUGACUUUCCUUUUAUUGCUCGUCUCCAUGCCUCCUUUCAAAAUCCCGUCAACUUGUACAUGGCCCUUGAGUAUGUGCCAGGUGGUGAACUCUUCAACCAUCUGCGGCACCAAGUGCGUUACGCUGAGCCGCAGUCCCUCUUCUACGCCAGCCAAAUUGUGCUCGCCUUUGAGUUUUUGCAUGGCCUGCAGAUCAUGUACAGAGACUUGAAACCCGAAAAUUUGUUGUUCACGGCCGAGGGUUACCUGAAGCUGUGCGACUUUGGUUUUGCCAAGCGUGUGCUUGAUAAAACUUGGACCAUGUGCGGGACCCCAGAGUAUCUGGCUCCUGAAAUCCUGCACAUGCGGGGCUACACCAAGGCAGUCGACUUUUGGGCCCUUGGUGUCCUCAUUUACGAAAUGACAGCCGUAAGCCGUGAACCCUCCAAUGCAGCUAGUACCGUUGCUUGUACCUUUUACAAGAGCAAUAGGUUCAGGAUCGAGCAGGGCUAUCCGCCAUUUUAUGCGGAAACACCCAUGGAGAUCUACCGCAAAAUCCUAAAAGGCCAGGUGCGCUGGCCAUCCCACUUCUCUCAGGACCUCAUCACCCUCCUGAGCAACCUACUGCAGCCUGAUAUUACCAAACGCAUUGGCUGCUUGCGACGAGGAGUGACUGAAAUCAAGGAGCAAGCUUGGUUUGAGCCCAUCGUUUGGUCAGACAUCUUCUUGCGCCGAGUGCCAGCACCUUACACUCCCACGCUCUCAAGCGACUUCGAUACUCGCAACUAUGACCAAUAUCCUGAGGAUGACAUCGCCGCUGGUCCAGAUGGUAUCGAUCCCGUCGAUUUGGACUUGGAUGCGUUUCAAGAUUUUUAAUCGCCAUAUCUGCCUCGGUUCACAAUCAGCUCGAGUGCUUGUUGUCAGCGUUGCAGGCCCAAACGCCCGAUGAGGCUCGCUUUCGGCCUCGACCCAUCGAUCCCUUGUUGAUCCUGUGUGUCUUCAUGUGGUGCUUCCCCCUCCGUGUUGGGGCGUCUCUCCGUGUGGUCGUCUGAGACCGUCUACUCAUUGUUCCGAAGAAAGAAUAAAGAAUGUUGUGCGCCUCUUUUUGACCUGGCGUUGGAGCAUUGCGUGCCAUGUCGUGUAUUUGCAUGCUGAUCCCAACCCUGCCGUUUCGCACCUCAACCCUGCAUCUGCAACCUGGACGCCGCACAGUCACCCUGCAAGCUUGCGUGCAAGGCCUGUACAUAAAUGUCAGGGCAUUGGCAUGCUCGAGCGCAUGGUGCACGUGUGGCCGCAAGCCAAAUUGAUGCAAAAACUGG